AUGGCCACAACAUCUACAUUAUCAAAUGAUUCUUCAACAACAAAUAUAAUUAAUACAAAUAAAAUAAAAUCUCUUCAUAAUUUAAGUCGAAGUAUUGAACGUGCACUUGAUGAAGCUGCUUAUACAGGUGAACUUAUAUUAAAUGGUCGUAAACUUCGAGAUUUUCCAAAUUAUUCUUAUACAAAUAAUAAAUGUGAUUUAUCAGAUACAAUUAUAGCUGAUCUUUCUCGUAAUCAUUUUAUUGAAUUUCCACAUAUAUUAUGUUCAUUUUUUUCUCUUGAACGUCUUAAUCUAUAUCAUAAUGUUAUUAAAUCAAUACCAGAACAAAUUAUACAAAUUCGUAUGCUUAAAAUUCUUGAUUUAAGUCGUAAUCAACUUGCUUAUAUUCCAUCACAAUUAUGUAAAUUACCUAAUUUAGAAAUUUUAAUUAUUAAUAAUAAUAAACUUAUUUCAUUACCUGAAGAAAUUGGUCAAUUAGAAAAUUUAAUUGAAUUAGAUGUCAGUUCAAAUGAUAUAUUACAAUUACCAUAUCAAAUUGGAACAUUAACAUGUUUACGUACAUUAAAUAUUCGUCGAAAUAUGAUUAGUGAAUUACCAACAGGGGUUUUUAUUCUUGCUGAAAGAUCUUCGUUUUUUUUUGUUUUGCAUUUAGAAUUAUGUAAUUUAAAAUUAAUUCAUUUUGAUUGUUCAUUUAAUCGAAUUACUCGUUUACCAUUAAAUUUACGAGAAAUGGUUAGUUUAAUUGAACUUAAUGUUGAACAUAAUCCAUUAGAAAGUCCACCUGCAUCGAUUUGUACACUUGGUUUACUUCAUAUAAUGCGUUUUCUUCUUGUUGAAGCUAUGAAAGAAGAAAAACGACGUGGACUUCUAACUGAACAUGAAAUUAAUACAAAAUAUCGAAAUUCAUUUUCAUAUCAAGGAUCAAGACAUUUACAAUGUGGUACACAAAUGAAAAAAACAGUACUACCAUCCGAUUCAGGUUAUUUAACAACUGAAGGCAGUGAAAAAACGAUUGGUGAUGAUGAUUCUAUAAUAAGCAUGCCAAAUGAACAUUCGCUUCGUAGUGAACCUACGCUUAUGCUUACCCUUGCUGAUGAAUUUUCUAAAGAAUUAGCAAGACAAAAAGCUGAAUAUGAAAAAAAGAAAUGUCAAGCAUAUCAAUUAAAAUUACAUUUAUUACAACAAUUAGGUGAAACAGAAAGUCAAAGAGCAAAAACUCGAGAAAUUGCUCGACGAACACAUGAUGAAAAAUUAGCUAAAAUGGAAAAACAACGAGAAGAUGCUCGACGAAAAAUGGAGAACAGUAGACAUAUGCAAUUAUUUAAUUUUUCAUCUAAAGAACAUUCACGACCAUCAUCAAUAUUAUCUAGACAAUUAUCAAAUGUUGAAUCUUCAAUAUCAAAUACAUUAAUAAAUGAUAAUAUUGAAAAUUAUACUUCAUAUCAACGUUCAUUAUCAAUAGAUAAUUCAAUAGUAGAUGAUUUAUUAAUACGUACAAAUCGUGCAAUAAGUGUUGAACCAAAUUUAAUUAGUAGUAAUAAUGAUAUAAAAAUUAAUAAUGGACAUAAUUAUCAUUAUCUUUGUCAACAACGAUCAUUACCUAAUGAAUCAAUUAAUUCAUAUGAUAGUAUAGGAAUAAUGAAUAGACAAUAUACAAGUUCAGAAACAAUUGAUCAAUCAAUAAAAUCUUCACCAAAUAUUAUGAUGAAUUCAAUAUCAAAUUAUGAUCGAAUGAAUGAUUUACAAUAUAGUAAUUUUGAAGAAAAUCGACUAGAUAAAUUAAAAUAUUUUGAUAUUCAUGAAACAAAUUCUAAUCGAAAUACAAUCAAUUUUCAUAUACAAUCAAGAGUUUCUUCUUUAAAAAAUGGUCAACAUCAACAAUCAUCAUUAGAUGAUACAGAAUAUAAUUCAGCAUUUACUAUACGUCGUCAUUUACUUCAUGUUAAAGAAGAUCAUCUACAAUUAGAACAAAUGAAAAAGACAAUUGAAGAACGUUUAAAAGUGAUAUUACCCGAUGAUAUAGGUUAUGCCUUAAGUGAUGGUGUUGUUCUAUGUCAUUUUAUUAAUCAAAUUCGACCACGUUCUGUUCAAAGUAUACAUGUACCUUCACAAGCAGUCCCAAAACUUUCCUUAGCUAAAUGUCGACGAAAUGUCGAAAAUUUUAUUGAAGCUAGUCGUCGUAUUGGUGUUCCAGAGACAAGAAUGAGUUUUACACAGGAUCUUAAAUUACCUGCAUAUGAUGAAUUGGAAUGUCCAGUUGUAAAUGUAUCAUCAGCAGCACUUCGUGCAGGAAGUUUUCAUUUGGCUAAAUAUUGUGAUUUACAAUUUAAAGAAUUUAUGUUAUGUCGACAGGAAGAACAAGAUCCACGAAAAUGUAUAAAAGAAGGCAAAGAUGUUUCAUUAUGUGCUAUUGAUUAUUUUCGUAAAGUACGUGAUACAUGUAAUGAUACAUUUACAACAUAUUGGACAUGUCUUGAUAAUGCACGGGAUGGUGAAAUGUCAUUUAAUUAUUGUAAACAAGAACAGAAAGCAUUUGAACAAUGUGCAAAAGAUAAAAUGAAUUUAGAACGACCGGAACCAGGUUAUUUUUCAAUGGUUCGUAUGCAUGAUACAAAACGACCAAUACCAUCUGAUCCAUUUCGUCUUGGUUCAUUGGAACGACAUCCACCAAAAUUAGAAGUUCCAGAUCCACCAUUAAUAACUCAAGCUGAUGAAUAUCCUGAAGCAAGAAUUGGAAUGAAAUUUGGACAUCGUAAACCUUGGAUGUUCGAAGCUAAAUUAUGGGAUUAA